UAAAUAGUUGAUAUGCUUGUCAUAAUUCUAUAACUGCACUACUAGUUGUCACUGAAAUAAAAUGGAUGUAGUUGUAGCUGUUGGUGGUUUCCCUCUCUGGUUCCGAAAAACAUUUGUCGAUCAUAAACAGAAAUCACCCACAAAUCUCCCGCCUUUACCAGAGGUGCCGGGGCUUCCAUUAAUCGGGAAUCUGCUGCAGCUGAAAGAGAAGAAACCCCACAAGACAUUUACCAAGUGGGCUGAGACAUAUGGCCCUGUUUACUCCAUUAAAACUGGUUCUAACACUGUUGUAGUCCUCAAUUCCAAUGAUGUGGCCAAGGAGGCUAUGGUAACAAGAUUCCCUAUCAUCUCAACUAGAAAGCUUACAAAAUCUGUGAAGAUCCUCACUCAUGACAAAUCAAUAGUGGGAGUAAGCGAUUAUAAUGAGUUUUACAAGACAGCAAAGAGACAUAUGCUAACACAUAUUUUGGGACCAAAUGCUCAGAAGAGAAAUCGCGUCUACAGAGAUGCCUUGAUUGACAACACAUCAGACCAGCUGCACGCCUUGUUCAAGAAUUCUCCUCUUGAGGCUGUAAAUUACAGAGAGCUAUUUCAGUUGGGACUUUUUGGAAUGGCAAUGAAGCAAACCUUCGGAGAGGCUGUGGAAUCCAUUUAUGUGCAUGAACUAGGAAAAUCAAUGUCGAAACAUGAGAUGGUCAAAUGUCUAGUUACUGAUAUGCUGGUCGGUGCAAUUGAUGUUGAUUGGCGAGACUUUUUCCCAUAUCUAAGUUGGAUUCCGAAUAGAGAUUUUGAAAAAAAAAUCGAGCACAUGGGUAUGCUUAGGAUGAAAGUUAUGAAUUCCUUGGUUCAGAAAACUAGAAAACAAAGUGCUUCAGAAGAGGGUUUGCAGUGCUAUCUUAAUUACUUGGAAUCUGAGGAGAAAUCGCUAUCUGAGAAGCAAAUUCAAUUAUUGCUCUGGGAAGUGCUUGUUGCAACAUCAGACACUCCUGUGGUCACAACUGAAUGGGCCUUGUAUGAACUUGCUAAUGAUCCAAAGCGGCAGGAUCGACUAUAUGAGGAGAUCAGCAGGGUGUGUGGCUCUGAGAAAAUCACGGAGGAGAAGCUGCCUCAGCUACCUUACCUCUAUGCAAUAUUCCAAGAGACCAUCAGAGCGUACAGUCCAAUUGCAAUAGUUCCUUUACGUUAUGUGUGUGAGGACACUGAAUUAGGAGGCUACUUUGUUCCUUCUGGAAGUGAGGUAGCCAUAAACAUCUACGGGUGUAAUCACGACAAGAAUGUGUGGGAGAAUCCUGAAGAGUGGAAUCCGGAGAGAUUCAUGGAAGAAAAUUCUGAUACCAUGGAAUUGCACAAGUCGAUGGCCUUUGGAGCGGGAAAGAGAGUGUGUGUUGGAGCUCUUGAGGCAAUGACAAUCUCUCGGCUGACGAUUGGCAGACUAAUACAAGAGUUUGAGUGGAGAUUGAAGGAUGGUCAGGUGGAUGAUGUGGAUACUGUAGGCCUUACAUCCCGCAAACUCCAUCCCAUGUUGGCGCUCAUAAAGCCAAGAAAAUGAUUGAUAGAAUCAAAAUUAUUAGAAUAAGCUGUUCAUGUUGGAUGUGUAUUUGGUUCCUUGACUAGUUGUUGCUCAGGUGAGCAUGCAUUUCAGCUUCCCUGAGCACUAUAUGUUUUCAUUUAGAUCAGCAGCAGUUUAAAUUAUGUGAUUUCA